AUGACUACAGGGAAAAAAAUCAACAUAGAAAAUGUCUUUCAGGGAAACAAAUUUGAGAAAUGGGCCCCAGUGAAGAAUGAGGCAGAAGCCUGCACUUUAGAAGGUGGUAAAGGCUGGCAUCCAGGAGGAACUAUUAGAGGGCAUUGGGCUCCACCUGCUCAGGAUUUUGGAAACAAUGUGCCCAACAAGCUUAUUAACAACAUUGAUAUGAUAGAUGGAGAAGUGCAUGACACACAAAGAUUCAUAUAGGAGAUAAGAGCGAGAAAAAUUAGGGAGUUCCAGUUGAGGUACAGUCUGCACAUUUGUAUAGCAGAUCCCUCUCACCAUGAACAACAUGAUGAGUUUUUCCUCAUGCCUUGA